CCCUCAUUUUCACUUCGCCUCGUGUAGCAAGCAACGAUAGCUUGCUUCACGCUUCCCAUCGCUUGCUUUAAUCGCUAAUGUAGCAUUUCAUGCAUUGCAUUCAGUGCUUGCAUAGAAACCCAGUACAGUUAAAGAAAUAUUAAGAAAAGUUUAGUUUGUAUUCUCAGGCACCCGUGUACAUUCAUCCACUUUCGCGACGUGUCGAAAAUAGAUAAAUGAUUGGUUGUGCUUGUAGGAGAGAAUGAUUUAAAAAUACGUCUGGGAGGCCGAUUAUUUAUCACAAAGUCUGAUGAAACAGCUGUCUAGUCAGGCAGGCUUUUGUUGGACUGAAGCCACGCACUUGAAGAAGUGAGGGGCGAAGAUGAGGAAGGAGUGAACGUGGCGAGCACAGGACUUGUGGGGUGCUGGAGGGAUGUGAACAAGACUGAAACAAGAGGACAAACUACAGCCCCACUAAAGUGCCUACGCUGAGAGCAGCAGCAGCAGCAGCAGCAGCAGAGGCAUUCCUGGCUUCCAUGUGGGUCUACCUGCUUGGAUAAAUCUCCCCCCUGCUGGCUUGUGUGAGUCUUUCUAUGUGUGUGUGUGUGUGAGUGUGUGUGCGUGCGUGUGUGUGUCGUGUGCGCGUGUGUGCGUGUGUGUAUGUUUGUUGAGGGCUUGGCCUUGACUAGGAUUAUAUUUCACCCUGACAGGCAGACAGUUUCUCCAUCUCUGCUCCCUCUCCUCCUGCUGCUAUUCCACCCCAUUAGAUCAAGGACACAGGUCCAUUAGUUGUCCUUUUAAAGACCUUGCCUUAUCCUGACGUCCAGUUACAGUGUCCCCCCAACCCGCCCCACCCUACCCACUCCCUUCUAUUCUCAGACAUGUUAGCAUAAGUGGCUAGCAGCACUAGCGCUUGCUUUGCUUUGGCGAUGGGUCAUUUGGCCGCUUGAGAGGAACCUGCGUAGUUUUCUUCGGGCCGGACACAAACGAGGCAGGGAGUGGCUAGAAGGUGACCCGCCACCCCACAGGCGAGCGGAAGGACGCACUCUUUCGGAGCCCUGCGGAGCCUGCCUGCAGAGGGGCCGCGGCCGGACACGCCCCAGCAUGCCACGCUGUCCUGCCUGACCUUGGCACCUCGUUCCCGAGACAGAGCUGGACUCUGCAGACACCCCCUCCCACACACACUUAACCACCACACCUGCAAGGACAUCCAUAAAGCAUUUCUGUCCAAAGCCCCACCUCUUCACCUUUGUUAAAUCCUGCUGGACUUCAGUAUACUCUCAGCUAUUCACAAACUGAGCACUAGUCAGUGUUGUUUCUGUUUUUGUUUAUUUUCUCAAAGUGAUUUGUUUGCCUCACCUGCCUGCUUUAACACCAGGACAUUGGGAGUUGCUGUGCUAGGUAUCAGCUAAGCUAACUUGCCAUCAUUUCACUGAGGCGCUGUAGGGUGUUUCCUUCUCCGUUGUUGCUGUGUGCUCUGUUUGUCGCCGUGCCCUCCAUUGCCGCUGGGUGCCCCACCCCGACCCCCCGACCCCAUCCCUGCUGGCAUCUGCCAUCACCCCCCUCAUCAUGGCCGUCAACGUGGCGGUGGGCCGCGAUGCCAAGUGGCUGACGCUGGAGGUGUGCCGCGAGUACCAGAGAGGCACCUGCUCCCGCUCAGACGCUGAGUGCAAGUUCGCCCACCCCUCUCGCAGCUGCCACGUGGAGAAUGGCCGCGUCAUCGCUUGCUUCGACUCGCUCAAGGGCCGCUGCACACGUGAUAACUGCAAGUACCUGCACCCCCCGCCGCACCUGAAGACCCAGCUGGAGAUUAACGGCAGGAACAACCUGAUCCAGCAGAAGACGGCCGCGGCCAUGUUGGCUCAGCAGAUGCAGUUCAUGCUGCCAGGAGCCCAGCUGCAGCCUAUAACCUCGUUCCCAGUGUCCCCCUCUCUGGCCAGCAACCCCGGCAUGGCGUUUGGCCCGUACCUGAGCCACAUGAGCCCCGGCAUGGGGCUGAUGCCCGAGCUGCUGCCCAGCGCCCCCGUGCUGGUCCCGGGGAGCCCCACGGGAAUCGCCAUGGGGAACGGAAACUCGGCGCAGAAGCCGACGCGCACAGACAAGCUGGAGGUGUGCCGUGAGUUCCAGCGGGGUAACUGCACCCGGGGCGAGAACGACUGCCGCUACGCGCACCCCAUGGAAGCGGCCAUGGUGGACGGCAGCGAAAACUCGGUCAUCGUCUGCAUGGACUACAUCAAGGGCCGCUGCACCCGCGACAAGUGCAAGUACUUCCACCCGCCCGCUCACCUGCAGGCCCGGAUCAAGGCCGCCCAACACCAGGCCAGCCAGAACGCCGCCGCCAUGUCCUUGCCUCCAGGUUCGAUGCAGGCCCUCCCAAAGAGGCCCACCAUGGAGAAGAGCAACGGAGCGUCGGCUGCCGUCUUUAACCCCAGCAUGUUCCACUACCAGCAAGCCCUGGCCAACAUGCAGCUGCAGCAGCAGGCCUUCAUCCCCACAGGCCCAGUCUUCUGCAUGAGUCCCUCUGGAGGUGUUGGUACGUCCUUUGCCCCCACUCUGUGGCUAUUCAAACCCCCAGAGAGCCGCUGGGAGAGGAGGGAUUGGAGCAGUUGCAGGCAGCCCCACAGUCGCCUCCUAUCAAUGCCCGGACAUGCUGUUCCCAUGAUGCACGGUGCCUCCACUUCCACUGUUUCGUCGGCUACGACCCCAAUCACCAAUGUUCCUUUUGCCGAGUCAGCAGCCUCCAAUCAGACCCCUCCGAGGUUCUGAGUGCCGACCCGGUUGACCUCCAGUGCAUUCCCAUGGAAACCUACUUCUGCCCCGUCCCCAAACUCUUUGUGGCCGCCCCCAUGACCCUAAGCCCAGUAGGCCUCAACCGAAACUCCAGUUAAUAUGCCAUCAGCCUGUUAGACGCCCUGUGCCCAAGAGCACAGCGCAAAAUGGAAUGCAGCAAACAUGUGCCUAAUCUAUAUGUUCCCCCGAUGGGGCCAUACAUUCACUUCCCCACUCUCCCAUCUCUGAAACAUUCACAUUGUGGAUUAAAAAAAAAAAACGGAAAAAAAAAAAAAACAUCGACAAAGGUUUUGUGAAAAAACUAUCACAGGCAAUACCUAAGUUUGGGCCCACAACUGUUAAAGGAAGCCAGCCAUGUUGAUGCAGAGAUAACUUUCCCCCGAAGCGAGGCGAUGUUGAGGCGGAGCUCCCCAGACCUUACAGCCAUACAGACACACAGAUGAUUGAUGGAUCUCACAGUGACCCAUGAGUGCACACUGGUGAGCGCAUUGGAGCCUCCUGCGCAGCCUGAGAGGGCCCAGGAGAAGCGAGCGAGCUUGUGGCACAGUCUCGUGAUGGCACAGCACACAGGCCUGACAGGCCGAGAGCAGAAAACAAGAUGGAUGUGAAGGGACCGUGUGCCUGUGUUCCAAGCUUUUCCAUUCUGAUGAGUCCCUGAGGCCUUUUUGUUUUUGUGGUGUUUUAGGUGAUGUUGGCUGUUUUUAUUUGGAAUUUUUACCUGUUUGUUGUUUUGGUUGCCCAAGAUGAAAUAAUGAUCCUGAAAGAGCAUUGACAUGUUUACAUUUCAAAAUGGCUGUAGAACACCUCUUCUUUUUGAUACUGUUUCUUGGUAAUAUUUUGUUUUUAAUCAUAUUUCCAUUAGGCUAUGAUUGUAAGUACUUAUUCCAAAACAGCAUCCAGGGCAGACAGCCAGGAGGUAGGAAGGCUUCAUUUUUGUGAAUUUGUUUGUGCCUUUGGGUGAUGAGCUCUAAAUGAAUGGGCUGAUAUCUUCUGUCUCUCCCUUUUAGUAUUGUCAUGGAUUAACUCAGACCCACAAUGCACGUGAUGAUUGGGAAUACAACUGCAGUUGUGUGGGUACAAAAGGAUCAGGCUGGAGGGUUUGUCCAUGUACUUGUGUAGUUGUAAGCUAUAGAAACACAGGACUGCAUGUUGUAGCAAUUGGCUGCAUAGGGUGCAUUCCUGUGUGUCGUGACACAAGCCUCCCGGCAAAUUGUCAUCAAUGCUCGUAAUGAAGUAUUUAAUAAUGGUUGAUCUGAAAUGAUUGUCUAAUACUAUGUGGUCUUUUGUGUAUGUGCAAUUCCAAAUUUAAUGAAAGAAUGUUCUUCGGAAAUGAGUUACAGAUGAUACAUCCAUAGUUAUUGGACAGAACUAUAAUGUGGCAGACACAUUGGAACAGAUAUGUCUUGGAAUGUCGCUCAUACCUUUUAACUGCCUUAAGCAGCUAAGUAUCAAUGUCUAAGUAUGUCUUAACUAUGUGUAAAAUCAGUGUUUCUAGAUUCCAGCAUUGCAGACUAAUUCUGUAUGGAUUAUAUUAUUCAGGUAGCUGAAUAUCUCCUCUUGUUUUAAAAUAUGAAUAUAGAAAUGUGCCCCUUGCAUCCCGUCUAAGGGCAUAAGGUUGAUUGAGCUGCACUGUCCAUUUGUCUUUUUCCUCUCGCAGUCUUGAGUGCGUCUGUCCCCUGACUGUAUGCAGUGGACGAGCCUUUUUUUCUCGGGGCAGAGCCAUCUCUGCCGUGUGCCAUGUCCCCUGAUGCCCUGGAGAGUCGCAAUCUGUUUGUCUGUCCCCACCGCUUCGCUCUGGCAGCGCGUAAUAUGCCAUUUUGAGCCCCUGAUUGUGUGACCACAAAACAAGAGGUUUGAGCAGAGCUGCCCUUCCUAAUUUAAGAUAGAAUGUACUGUAGAGAUUACGCACACCUCUGUGACCAGAAAGGUGGGUUAGAUGCCUGGUGUCAGCGUAUAGGACAAAAGAUCUGCAUCCUCCCAGGUGUUUGGUUCCCUGAUGCCUGUAAUUUUAUUGCAUUUUAGUUAUUAAUAUCCCAAAAAACAAGCAGUUAACAGUGCAGUUGCCAACAGGAGCGCCAUUUUGAACCUGUUCAUUUAUUAAACUACUUUUAGCUCAGUACUCCUAACACUGCACAAAUAAAGCCUAACAUUAUUGUAAACUAGACACGUUUGGUAUAGGAUAAGGUGGACAGUCACUCUGAAUCACUUGUUGCACUUAGUGUGAUGGGAUGUUUGGUGAAUUUGCCACCUCUGAGUGUCUCAUCUCAUCUUGUUGAACAGGAUCUUAGAUGUUGUGAGAGAUUGUCAGACUGAUAUGGGUUUUUGAUCACAGUAACACCCUCUUGUUCAGCUUGUGUGAGAGUACUUGCACUCAUCUAUGGAUAGAGGCAUUGUUAUAGGCCUAUCCCCUUUGUCGCUAAUAGGCUAGGUGAUGUCCAAAACAUGGCAGUGUGUGGCUUGUUUCUUGAGAGGUACCGUUAGUUGAUUUUGGAAUCAGGUUGAAUUUGUUAUUGUCUAUUUGGUGCUUUUGGGGAUUUUUUUUAAAGAGCAGUUGGUUUCAUUAACAUUGGUGUGUCCUUGCUUUCAAGUCACUGGACUCUAAACAGCAGUGGGACAUUUUAGGGAGUGAAUCAGUGUGCAAGUGAAAGAGAUGGACCCAGCAUGUGGUUCAAAUGGCUUUGCUAACAAAGGUUGACUCCUAGAAUGACAUCCAGAAAGGGCCUUAUCUGCAUAUUUGAAUGUGACAUUUAGGACAAAUGGAAUGUCAGAUGAGAUUGAGAAAGAAGGCAUUUUGUUUGGGGGGGGGGGGGGUGCUAAAAUGGCUGGACACUGCAUCUCUGUGAGACCGUGGCCCUGUUGCGCCUGUGAAUGCAUGUGAAUGUGAAUUUGCUAUGAGCAGCAAAUAGGUCCCAUGUAAUCAUUAUACCUAGUGUGUUAUUGUGAAUGGAAGUGGAUAGACAACUAGGAAUAGAAGAAAGGGGCUUGAGCAUAUUGUAGCUGAUUAGAGGGUAACAAAAUCAAAACCACAGAAAGGCAAUUUACUGUGUCAUGAGUAUCUGGUAGAUUAUGUGUGUCUAAAAAUUAUUUUGGUAAAAUAUGUGAAAUCUGCAUUAUAUAUUAUAAGUCUAAUAUGUUUUCGUCUUUAAAGUAACUGUUCAAAAAGAUGUUCAGAAAUGUUGUCAUUUAAAAACAAAUUAUCUCAUUUCAGUUACUAAAAUUCGGAAGCUUAUUACUAUGUACUUCAAAUGCAUUUAGUUGGAUCUUAAUGUCCUGCCAAGCUGUGGGAUUCUCCUCUCUCUCCUUCACUGUUCCCACUCGCUUGCCCUCUCUCUCUCUCAGUGAGAAUUAUGCCUUCUCCAACUGCUGUCCAGCUGGAAUUAACAAAAUACUUGAUUAAAGAAACAAACAAAAAAAAAAUAAUGUGCCUCGUUGGGGGGGCUUAAAGUUUUAAGUACACUUACCUUUUUAAGAAGUGUGUUACUUGUACAAGAUUCAGUAGUUAUCUAGAGAAUGAUUUAGUGUAAAUAUGAGAGAUAGAUUUUUUUUCAUGUUUUCCCAUGUGUUUCUCACAGUGGUAUUUUUGUUACAUUCUGUCUUAAUUAUUAGCCAAGAAUCAGUCUGUUUUUAGACAAUGAAUUGUUAGUGAAAUUUAUGUCAUUUUAUGUCAUUUAAAAUCUUCUUUCAUCAUCAUAAAAAUUCUCAUUGCAUGACUGAGAUAUAACCCAAUCCAUGAAUAGUUUAUGUAGACUGUAGUGUAAGAGAAUCAGAAUUAAGAAAUAUAUCAACAUAAAUAUAUACAUUUGUAUGUAUACAAUGAUAGAGUCAUUGUUACUUAUGAUAGUAAGUUGUUGUUGCUAUGGCAACAAAACUACAACAUGGCUACCUUUGUAUAUCUUAAUUGUGAAUUUUUUCACACAUAAACUGAAAUAAUGUACAACGUUAACUUAUUCAGAAAGGAAAUGUGUAGUCUGGGAUUUAGUGAUUGAAUAUUUUGUAAGUAAAAAAAGGUGAAAACAAUAUCCAAAGGCCCUCUGGGGAGAUCAUAUGUUAUUUGUUUUGGUUUGGGGUUUUCUAAUUAUUUUAUGUUCUGAUGGGGUGUUGAUCUGUUUUCAAAGUGGGAGUUUUAGUAUGCAGCAUCUGAGCUUUUGAAUUGAUGGGUUGGAUCGAGGGAAGAGAGACUUGUUUCAUUUUAUGUCAAAGAGAUGGAAAUGUUUCCAUAAUAGUAAUCACAUAAGUAAUCACACUGAGCAUAUCUCACUAUACUUGGCCAUUUACUGUGGACAGGACAGCUGUCACUGUCAGUGCCUGUUGUGGUUGUCUGAAUGCAUAUCCCAUUGUCAGGUCUCCUUCUCCCCUUUGAUCCAUCCAGUCUGGGCCCAGCUGUGCUGGGAGCCAGUGGCACUGGCUGUGAUGCCGUCAGUGUACGAAUGUGUGAUAUUCACCUUGAUUGCACUUAUGUACAUAAGUCAAAAUACUCAGAAUUUAUUUUGAAUAUACAUAGAUAUAUAUAGCAAAUUGAUAUAAUUCAACUGACUAUAUCGGUCGGAAUACAGGUAAACAGUGGUCAUUUUAAUAGGCUGUAAAAGAGAUAGAUGCUGUUCUGGGUUUUGAGGGAUUUGUCUUUUGUUCUGUUUGCUAUUGCCCUUUUACUGUUCAAAGCAUGGUUUUCUCACUGAAAAAAGGGAUGUAUGGAUACACUUGUGUCAAAGAAGCUUUGUAGAUUGUCAUAGCUUACAACAGAACAUUGUGCGCAAUGUGCCCUAAACUAAAUCUGAUUCUGGAGGUGUUUGGAAAAGGGAUUGUAAAACUAAACUCUUUCAGACUAGGGGCCACUUGUGUCCAGACAUCAGAAACCAAAGAGCCACCUGUUACUGUCUCGCUGUGUUCUCUGAACACGACCCAGUGAUAAGUUUUGUUUUUGUGAGUAGGCCUAGUUUUUCUGAAGUUGACAAGUUGAACUAACAUAUCUGCCAUACUAAAGACCUGUAAAUCAAGGCCUAUGAUUGGAUUGCUAAUCUUGGUCUGCCCCCUGCAGGCUAAAAUUGGAACAUACAGUAUAAUAGGUACUUGGGAUCAGAUGAUGCUGUGGGCUCAUUGCGACAAACACACAAACAGUGAACUUGAGUUAUUGUCUUUUGUACAGGGGGUUGAAUUCUUUUUAACAUUUUAUUUUACAUUACUUAAUGUUUUAUUGUUUUCAUGACAACUCUCCACAAAAUAUAACAGUGGAUUUGCCAUCGGCUUUCAACCAACCAAUUCAAUAUCAACAACAGUCACACAAGAACUACACAUCCAGAAAAAAGGCUCUGCUAGUGCUUAACGUGUACAUUUAAUGUUUUUCAAUUGCUUUGGAAGCCAAUAAAUUUUGUUGCCAUGGCACUUGUCCUAGAAUUGGAGGAGGGGCUGAGUCUGUUGGUUGCGAUGUGUCAGUGCACCAUUGGGUCAAGUAGAAACGGUGCAAGGCCUUUUUCGUUAAAUUGCAGACAGAACAGAUUUUCAGACAAAUUGAAGCACCUGCUUAAAUCACUUCCAUCACUGUGCUUCAUUAAUAGACAAAAAAGCAUUGCCCCCAGUAGCAUGUCCUCUUGUGCCUAAGCUCCGAACAGAGAACACACUCUAAAUGAAGAAAGUUGUUACUUUUCUACUCCUGGUAGGGCCCUAAAGAGUAACACCCUAAAGAUCCUUUGCAGAGUUUCUGAAGCACCCAGAAACAGUCAUUUUAGCUCUGCUGACAAAUUCAAAUAAAUUCUCUUAGAGACAUUGCUCAACUGUCCAUACAGGUUUUGUCCCUUUAAAUGUAUUCUUUGGGAAUAGCCGUAACUUGCAGUCAAGCUGAACAAAGCUGAGAAUGUCCACAUUGCCUUUAAGCCAUACAUAACAGGCUCCCCUCUCCUCCACUUUAGGACACAGUGAAACUGAAUGCUUUUACUCUUACUGUUAAAUGCUUCUCUUUCUAUUUAGCUUGUCGUACUUGUAUGUGCUAAACAACUGUGCUUCAUGCCAAUCUCUUUUGCUAUGAAUAAGUAUCUAGAUAUAUGCAUACAUUACUUCUGAUGUUUUUGUUGGACGUUUUAAUAAAGCACUUAUGGCAA